AUGGCUGACACUAUUAUUUCUCAACAUGAGCAAGAGCGCAUGGCUGCUGCUGAACGAAAGCUCCAAUCUCUCGAGAAAUUAGACGACGCUGGUGCUGGUGGCUGGAAUUGGUUUACUGCUCGUACCAUUCUUACAUCUGGUGCUGGCUUUUUUACCGACUCUUAUGAUGUCUUCAUCAUCAAUUUAGUCACUCCCAUGCUUGGUUAUGUCUAUUAUGCUCACAAUGGCAACAAGAUUCCUUCUGAUAUUGAAGGUAUCUUAAAGGGUAUGUCCUCUGUCGGUACAUUCAUUGGUCAGCUCUUGUUUGGUUUCUUGGGCGACAUCUUGGGUCGCAAGAUUUACGGUUUUGAAUUGUUGAUCAUCAUCAUUGGUACCAUCAACUGUGCCACUGCUUCUUCUGCUGUUCGUGGUGUUGGUGCUAUUGGUUUCCUUGGUCUCUGGCGUUUGAUUCUAGGUAUUGGUAUUGGUGGUGAUUACCCCAUGUCUGCUACUAUCACUUCUGAAUGGUCUUCUGCUGGUAAGCGUGGUAUGAUGAUGGCUCUCAUCUUCUCCAUGCAAGGUGUCGGUAACUUGGCUGCUGCCAUUGUCACUUUGAUCCUUUUGGCCAUCUUCAAGAACGCCAUUAUUGCUGAUGUGAUGAACUUGGAUUAUGUCUGGCGUCUCUGUAUUGGCCUCGGUGCUGUUCCUGCCGUUGGUACCAUCUACUUGCGUUUCACCAUGCCUGAAUCUCCUCGCUACUCUCUUAAUGUUGAACACGACGUUGAAGCUGCUGCUAUGGCUAAGGGUCAAACCGUCAGCACUGAUCUCGCUAAGCAAUACACCAAGGUUGAAGAGAAGCGCGAUCACUGGGCCGAAUUUAGAGCUUACUUUGGCCAAUGGAAUAACUUCAAGGUGUUGCUCGGUACUGCCUUGUCUUGGUUCUUGCUUGAUGUUGCUUUCUAUGGUCUUGGUCUCAACAACUCUGCUAUUUUAGCUGCUAUUGGUUAUGCUAAGAAGCCUACUCCUUUCGAGACUCUUUGGGCUAAUACUGUUGGUCAAAUCAUUAUCACUUGUCUUGGUUCCGUUCCUGGCUACUACAUUACUGUCUUUACUAUUGAAAAGUUGGGUCGUCGUACUAUCCAAUUGAUGGGUUUUGCUGUUACCACUGUUCUCUUUGCCAUUCUUGCUGGUUGUUACAACAUCUUGAUUGAAAAAUCUAUGCCUGCUUUCAUUUUCAUCUUCACUUUGGCUCAACUCUUCCAAAACUUUGGCGCCAACUCUACUACCUUUAUUAUUCCUGGUGAGGUUUUCCCUACCAAGGUGCGUGCUUCUGCUCAUGGUAUCUCUGCUGCCUCCGGUAAGGCUGGUGCAAUUCUUGCUUCUUUUGCUUUCAACGCUCUUGUUGAUAUUGGUGGUCCUCAAGGUGCUCAUGCUUUCUUGCCCGAAGUUCUUGCCAUCUUCUCUGGUGUCAUGUUCUUGGGUUUCAUUGUUACCUAUCUCUGGAUUCCUGAGUCCAAGGGCAAGGAUCUUGAAGAAUUUGAGGAAGAUUAUGUUUCUCCUACUAAUAUCCAACUCUCCAACUCUGCCGAAGAUAGCAUGACCAAUGAAUCUGUCUGCCCCGAACAAGAAUUGAAGGUCUAA